AUGGAUCGUGUGUGUUUGAUUAUUUUGUUGUUAUAUAAAUUAUUGAUAGUUAAAGCACAGUUCAAUGGAUACAAUUGUGAUGCUCACUUUCACAGUCGUUUUCCUGCCGAGCGUGACAUCAGCGUGUACUGUGGAGUGCAGACCAUCACGCUAAAGAUCAACUUUUGCCCGGUGCUCUUCUCCGGCUACACAGACACUGACCUAGCCCUGAACGGGCGUCACGGUGACGCCCACUGCCGAGGGUUUAUUAACAACUCCACCUUCCCUACAGUCGUGCUGUUCAGCAUCAGCCUCAGUGCGCUGGAGGCCUGCGGAAACUCACUACUGGUAUCCACGGCUCACGGGCCCAAUGCAUAUGGGAACCUCUCAUUGGUCCAGAUUGGGAGUAUUUCAGGGUAUAUUGACACACCUGACCCUCCCACCGUCAUCAGCUACCUACCCGGCCUGCUCUACAAAUUCAGCUGCAGCUACCCACUGGAGUAUCUAGUGAACAACACACAGCUGGCGUCGUCUGCUGCAGCCAUUUCAGUAAAGGAUAGUAACGGUACAUUUGUGAGCACGCUGAACCUACUGCUGUACAAUGACUCCACCUACACGCCUCCACUGGCCAUCCCCAUGACAGGCCUCACUCUGAAGACACGUGUGUUUGCUGCCGUGAAGGCCACUAAUCUGGACAGAAGGUGGAAUGUGUGGAUGGAUUACUGCUACACCACUCCCUCCGGGAACCCCAAUGACCAGCUUCGUUAUGACCUUUUUGUGGGAUGUGAUAAGGACCCGCAGACAACCGUGUUUGAGAACGGAAAAAGUCAGAUGGGUCGCUUCUCCUUUGAAGUGUUCCGCUUUGUCAAGCACAAAAACCAGAAGAUGUCCACUGUCUUCCUUCACUGUGUGACCAAGCUUUGCCGUGUUGAUGACUGUUCCAUGCUCCUGCCGAUCUGUGGUAAGCGGAAGAAACGGAAUGUGCCGGAGAGUGCAGACUCUCAUGUGGCAUCUGGGAAUGCCGUUAUGACUGCAGGGCCAAUCAUCACCAGAAGUGAUGAAACUCCAACCAAUAACUCUGAGCUAGCUCAGCUAAACAGUGCUCCGUUCAGGAUGAACUCAGUAACAAGUGCUCUAAUUUCGGGCAUCGUCAUCCUCUCUGUGGUGGGCCUGUGCUUCUUCAUUUUCACACUGACACUCCUGAAAGGGAAAUGGCCUGCUCCGAUGCCACUGUCAGGGGCCCACAAUCCCGUUUUCAGCUAA